GUGGCACUCCGACGUGUAACCAGAGAAAAAUGGCCGACGAAAACAAACCUCUUUUGAAACUCGGGUUGGAAGGCGGCGCUCAGGAUAGCGGUGGAGAGGAAAGCAUCAAGAGCGUCGAGGACGUAAAAGUAGUUGAUGUCAAAAAAUGGUCCCAAAAGUCCAAGAAAUAAAACAACAGCUAAAUCACCGAGAAGCCAAAGUUCUUCCAAACCAACGACUCCCAGGGGCGGUGAUAACCCAAAGGCUAAGACCAAAGAGGAUGAUUCACAAAUGGCGAGAGAUUUAAGAAGGGUAUGGAUGAAUCCCAUGUUAGCUGAGCUGGAAAGGAAAAUACAAGAGAAUAACAGAGUCAUGGAUGAAAUGAAUAGGAAGUGGAGAGAGGAAAAAGAAGCAGAAAGAAAAUUAAGAUUAAGUGAACACAUUCCAGAGCCACUGAAGGGACAUGGACAAAAUUUGGAAGACAUAAUUAAACAUUUGGAAGACCUUAUGGUUUAUGAAAAUUAUGUGGAUGGCCUAGAAGAACAAAAAUUAAUACCUGCAAAGUUAAGAUUACUGGAUGAAAAUGCAGAGGUGGCCAUCCUGUCGCAUGGCUUGUCAGCAUACGUCUCUCUGCUUGAACCCUCUCAUUUAAAACAUUUCACCAAUAAUAUAGUAGAGGACACUUCCCUGUGGCUCUCACGGAUGUUCAGAUUUGAUGAUGCAGCAGUGUUCUACCACGAGGACGAGAGAGAAGGCUUAAUCAGGCUGUGCCGUCUUGCCCUGCACAAAAAGUUUCCCAAAUACUUGGAUGAGGGCUAUGAAGCCCUAUACUCCAGGCCCCCUGUGAUAUACCUCAGCUCUGCAGCCAAAGCUGGGAUGGGAGAUUAUCUGUGUGCACAGCUUGGAUUGCCCAGUUCAUGUCUCAGUACAAUUCCCUGCAGCAUACAACCAGGCUGUCAGCAUAAAAUGGAUACAACAGCAUUAGAGCAACAAGUGGAGGAUGAUGUCACGUCAGCCAGGACACCACUACUGGUGUUAGGAUAUGCAGGUACUCCUGUCAUUGCUCAGGUUGAUGACAUAGAAAAGAUUCAGAGCAUUUGUAAAAAGCACCAGAUUUGGUUUCAUGUGGAAGGUCAUCACUUGGCCACCUUAGCCAUGUACUCUGUCCCAACCAAUGUGUCACCAGUGAAGACCGGAGACAGUAUCACUCUAAACCUGGGCUGCUGGCUGGGUCUGCCCUCUUUGCCUUAUGUGACCUUAUAUAAAACUGCUGACAGCACCCAGGCCUACCAUGCUGGCCUGACAUCUUUACAGACACACUACAAGCUCAGUUGUCUUCCCAUAUGGGUGUGUCUACAAAACCUGGGGCACGAAGGGGUGGUCAACAGGAUCAAAUUAUCAGUAGACUUGGCAGAGAAAAUGCAUGAAAAAUUGAUGGGACACAGUUCACUUCAGGAAGUGAGUAACACAGUUAAGCCUGCUGACAAGGACCCCAAUGAAACAUCUUUAAGGUCACGUAUCAGUAAAGCUGUUGUCAAUUUUUUGACUUAUGAAAUCUCUUCCCCAAGUGUGGUAUUUAAGUACAGUUGUUAUGCGUCAGAUGCGCCGCCAGAAGUAGCCUCUUAUGCAAAAAAUGCACCAAAACCCGUCAAAAUUCCAGCAAAGAUGCCCGAGCGUGCCCCAUAUGCAGCUCAAGAAACUUCUGCCAACCAUGUUCCCAGCAGCACUCAAUCAGAGGAUGGCGCUGAACCCCCCACUAUGAGUGUGGGCACAGAAGAGAGUUACAGACAUGAAGAUUAUUUUGAUGCCCUUAACAUUUGGCUUGCUGAAACUCUAAAGAGGGAAGUGUCUACAGUGCACCUGGACACCAUUGAAGUUCCAAAUGAAGGACUGUGUAUCAGGUUUUCACCACUGGAAAAUGCACAAGUCCAAGGAACAACAUUGGAAGAUAUGGAGGUGUGGGGGAAAUCUCUAGGCAAGCAAGUGUCCAUUCUGAAUGCCACAGUGAAGCAGAAGGAGAACUUCCAGGAGGUUGUGGAGGCCCAGGAUAACCUGAGGCUUGUCCACCUGCCCACCUGGGCUGGACUGGGAGCAGUGCAAUACAUUCCAGACCACUGGAUAGACAAAUUGGAUGCUCUGACGGCUGCUGCUAAAAGAGAGAUCAAUCACCUCAACACUGAACUAGUCAAACAACUCAAAUCUAGUGACACUGCAUUUUCAUUAGGUAGAGCAGAGGAUGGUUUGGUGUGUGCAAGGUUUGGUCUCAUCACUGAGGAGACAGACAUGGAAGAGCUGAUAGGACUGGUCUACACUACUGCCAAAGAAAUUGAAGAAUCAUCCAAAUUCCUGGAGAAGAUGUCAGAAAUUGUCAGGAAAGGUAUAGAGGCAGCCAAUGAAGAUCUGAAGAAAGAAAAUGAAGAAAAACUUAUACAGGAGGGCCUUUUACGCCAUGUUCCACUUGUGGGGUCACUGGUCAGCUGGUGGUCACCUCCUCCCAAGGAGACGGGGGUCAAGGGAAGGACAUUUAAUCUGGCGUCAGGUAAGGUCCACAGCACGGAGGAGACCUAUAAGUACCACAUGCAGAUCCAAGAGGCCUCCCCAGAUGCUCUUCAACCCAAGCCAAAGCAGGGCCCCCUGAAGGCUAACCUCAAACCAGCCCGGCACCACAGCACCAGCAGUCAGGGUUCCGUGGUAGAGAAUGGGCCUGCACAGGGACUCAAGGUGACAGAGUCCAGUGUGUCUAGCCUCAGUUCAGACUCUCACAGCAAGCCAGAGCAAGGAGUGGAGGGUGGAGAGGCCAGUCCUCCUCCCCAGCCAGAACCACCUGCUUCGCCAGUUCCCAAGGAGCAGCCUGCUGCGGCAGCAGAGAGCACUUCUUAAAUGCAACAAAGCAGCUACAAGAGGGGCAGGUUUUCAUAGUGGAAGAAAGACACUAAAACACAUGAUAUCAGCUGUGAAUGUUUGAGGGGUGGUGAAAACAACAAUUAUCAUUUUAAAUUAAUUGUGGGUGCAUAUCAAACAGUGGGGACAUUGCUGUUCAAGGUUUCUAAGAGGUUUAUUUUUACUGGAGGUUUAUUUCAUUACUAAGUCAAACUUGUCAAGGUUAUAAAAUAGAAAAAGGAAAAACAACCUGUAGUUUUAUUUAACAGGUAGUUACAGGGGAUCUUUUUAUGGUAUUUUAUGCAUGGUUUCUAUGCACAUCUACUGUUCAAGGGCACACUGCUUAUUAUAUCUGUGAUCAGAAAUUGACAAAGGAUAUUUGGCUGGUUCAUGUCAUUGGGAGAGAUUUAGCUGCGUCAUGGUGAUGCAUUAGUUCAUGGAUUCGAGUUAGAUAGGGCUGCAUCAAGGUGAGGUUAUGAGGCCAUGGGCGGAGUUUGCAGUUGUGGUGCAGAGGUAUCAUGCCGUGGAAGAAGUUUGGAGUCAUGCUAAAGAGGUGUCAUGCCGCGGGAGAAGUUUAGACUCGUGCUAAAGAGGUGCCAUGCCGAGGGAGGAGUUUGGAGUCAAUAGUGGUGUAUAUAUUGAUUGAAUACUUGGUGCAGAGUCUCUCAGGAUCAUGAUCAUCAUUGCAAGGCCUGAUGUCAUGAUGUUUUUGUAGAGGGAGAAAAAAGGGCUCUUAAGGGGAUUAAAAUUUUGGCAGGGGCAUGGUCUGUUAGCAAAAGACAACUUUAAGGUUUAUCAUCAUUUAAGACAGACAGGUAUUUUGAAACUGGUGUUGUGAAGAAUUACAGCAUUAAAAAGCUCUAUACUUUGAUUUUAAGGCAUAAUUCAUCUGAAUUUCACAUCAACUAUCAAAUCUGCAGGAAGGCCAUUGGAUAAGAUUUGGAUAGAAAUGAUUCAUCAAGGGGUCACUCAGUUACAUUUUGUUUUGCAAAAUUUGAAGACAUUUAUAACAUUUAGUGCCUUUUUUCUUUGACAAAUAGAAAAGUUGCUGUUAAGGUGCAUACAGUGUGAUUGUAAAAUGCAGUAAAACUUAAACAUUCCAAAAACAGUUUGUAUUUCACAUAUGUAAUCCUUGUCAUGGUCAUUGCUUUAAGGGUGCUAUUGUGUCUUUUCACUCAGUUUUUGGUUAUAUUUAAAAUGUAAAGUUCAAAUAGUAGACAAGUGAAUUCAAUUUUGAGAGCACAAAGCAACACAGACACCAAUUCAGCAGCUAAUUUGAGCUUUAAAUGUAACUUUUUUUUACUAAAUGUUACAUCUAGGAUGUUGUUGUUAAUUUCCUGACUGUGAUACAUAUUGCUAUUAUCUGCUGAAUACAUCUGAUGUAUUGUGAGUGUUUGAUAACUUUUUUGCUAACAUUGCUUUGAUAUGUAAUAUUCUCUUAGUAACACUCUUCCAAGAUUUGCAGUUCUCCACCGUCUGCAAGUCUAUGUAUGUCUAAAUGCAAACAGUUUUAAUGAACAUUUCAACAUGAAGCAGUGUUAUCCAGGUGUUGUAUGUAAUACUAAAUAGUAGCAGGUGUCUCAGUGAUCAGCAUCAAGUAAAGUUUCCAAAGUAGCCUUUUGUAAAGACUAGAAAAAGAUGUACAAUAAAAUACACCAAAAGUGAUGCCAGUGUAUUACUGGUAUGCAAGUAAAAUGACUGGAAAGGCUUUAGGUUAUUAUAUUUUUACAAGUUUUGUUAUGUUUGGUUGUUGCAGUAUUGUUGCAAUGGGACUUGUUAAAAUAAUAUUGUGGAGAUUUCAUGUUUUUUAAGUAUGUGUGGUGUUGAUUACUGUAAUAAGUAGGUCUAUUUCUGAGAUCUUAAUAGCCUUGUCUUCUUUGUUUUGUAUUCUGUUACUUGCGGGUUUUGAUAUCUGAUUUCAUAAUUGUUUUUUGUUUUUGUUUUUUGUUUUUUUCAUCAGCAGUAAUAUGGCAGGUUUAAAUUGAGAACCAGGGCACAGAUACAAAUAGGUCAUAGCAGUAUGAAAAUAAUAUUAUGGGAAUAAAAAUGUCUUUUCAUG